AUGGAUAAAGCCAAACAAGCCGUUUCCAGCUUCAUCUCCAAGGAUGGACACCACAAGACCAGCGUCGAUGAAGAUGUCAACAGAGCCGUUACCGAAGAACAGGUCCGCCCUCACCGUCACGAGGAAGUGACGACAGCAGUCGACAAGGAGGUUCAUCAAGAUCACCACCAUACUACUAUUCAGCCUGUCAAGCACCAGGAGACUCUCGCCGAGAAGCACCACCACAACAUUGUCCCUGUUGCACACAAGACUUUUGACCAUGGAAACGAGCAAGAGACCAAGGAUACCCUUGAACGGGCACACGCAAAGUUCAAGGACACUUCUACCACUCACGAGACCACCCACUCAACAACCACUGCUCCCGUUGUAACUGGCGAGAGAGUGCAUCACCACAUCCAUGAGCACAUCCAACCCGUUAUCCAGAAGGAGACCAUUCAACCCCACAUUGUUCACACCACUGUCCCUAUUCACGAGACGCACCACGCCAAGCCCAUCCACCAUGAGGCAACUACUUUGCCCGUGAAGACCCUCGAAGAGUUCACCAAGGAGAAGGGCAGUCUCGAUGGUCCCCGUCACCACCGAUACGACGAAUUCGAGGGCUGCCCCGACAAGUUCCACAAGGAUCUCGGCAACACACACCAGUCCGGCAUUGGCCACAGCCAUGACCACAGCCACGGCGCUAGCAAGGCCGCUGUGGGCACAGCGGCUGCCGGUGGUGCUGCCGUUGCUGCUCACAAGCACCACGAGCAUGAGCAAGAGCGUGGGGUAGCUAGCCAUCACCACUCCGGUCCCGGGAAGGGUACUGCCGCCGCUGGCACUGCUGCCGCAGGCGGGGCCGCAUUGGCUGCCCACAAGCAUCACAACAACCAGUCCGGUACCCACGGUGUGAGCGACCGCGGCCUCGGCCACACCGGUCUCGAGAACCAGCGUGCUGACCAACACAACACUCACUCCGGCUCCGGCAAGGUUGCUACCGCUGCCACCGGCGCCGCUGCCGCGGGAGCUGCUACCCACCACGGUCACAAUACCAACAACACCCACAGUACUACUGGCACCCGCGGCUCCGAGAGCCUUGCGGCUGCCCAGACUGCCAACUCUCGUACCAGCAACACGCCCGGAACUGGCAACCUGUCUCACAACCAGACCGGUCGUGACAACCUCACCAACAACCAAACUGUAGGUGAUAAGUCCACCACCACUGCCCAAGGCAUCUUGCACGGUACUCAUCCUACCGGCGCCCAGAACACCGCUAGCAGCUACACCACCUCCGGUAGUCCUACCACUGCAACUCACGGUAGCUCAGGCCUGAACAAGUCUGAGCCUCGGUUCGGUUCGACAGGCACCAGCACCAGCCAGAGCGGUGCUGGCAAGGCCUCCACCACUGAGCAUGCUACCCACGAUGCCAACGGCAAGAAGAUUUCGCUUGUUGACAAGCUGAACCCCUUCAAGGAUGCUGAUGGCGACGGCCACAGGGGUAUUCUGAGCUAA